AUGGACGCGCUACCCUCAUCAUACCGGAUCCUGGCAGCUCUGCCUGCCCGGCUGUGCGCACGACGCCCACUGCCCGCACAACUGCGCGCUACGCGCGUAGCACCACCACACUGGCGGUUCACAAAGCAGAUACGGAGCAUCAGUGCGGUGGCCGACAAAGCGCCUACUAUUGAUCGAUCAAAGUCGAAGCUGUUUGACAGCGCCGACGAAGCUGUCGCCGACAUACAGCCAGGAUCCACGGUACUCAGUGCAGGCUUUGGGCUAUGUGGCGUCGCAGAAACCCUCAUUCGGGCCAUGCAGAAGCGUGGGCCAAAGUCAUUACACUCUCUGACUGCUGUUUCAAACAACGCUGGUAUCGAGGGCGCCGGUGGACUUGCUCACCUCACAAAGAACGGACAGGUCGACAAACUCAUCAUCAGCUUCCUAGGCAACAACAAAGCGCUUGAGAAGCAGUACCUGAGCGGAGACAUUGAAAUUGAGCUCUGUCCACAGGGUACGCUUGCAGAACGGAUCAGGUCUGCAGGCGCAGGUAUCCCAGCUUUCUACACGCCUACCGCUGUGAACACCUUACUACAGGACGGCCAGAUCCCUGCCAAGUUUGACAAGGAAGGAAAGGCCGUCGGCUUCGGUACAAAGAGAGAGGUUAGGGAGUUCAAUGGCAAGAAGUUCUUGAUGGAGACUGCUCUGCCUGGCGAUGUAGCUAUCAUCAGGGCACACAAAGUAGACGAGGCAGGGAAUUGCGUUUUCCGAUACACCACAAAAGCAUUCGGUCCCAUCAUGGCCAAGGCCGCUCGGCUGACCAUCGUCGAAGCCGAACACAUCGUUCCCAUUGGCACUUUUGAUGCCAACGAUGUCGAUCUCCCCGGUAUCUUCGUCGACCGCAUCGUCCCCGCUACGGUGCCCAACAGUAUCGAAAUCAAGAAGCUGCGCGACCCCUCGUCGUCAGGCAAGCCUGCAGCGGGACACCGCGCACGUAUCGCGAAGCGCGCAGCAAAGGAGCUCAAACAAGGCUACUACGUCAAUCUGGGCGUCGGUAUCCCAACGGACGCAGCAACAUACGUCCCGGAUGACGUAAAGGUGUGGUUGCAGAGCGAGAACGGCAUCCUCGGCAUGGGCCCCCACCCCACAGAAGAAGAAGUCGAUGCGGACAUUGUCAACGCAGGAAAACAGACCGUCACUCUCCUCCCCGGCGCCUCCACAUUCGACAGCAGCGAGUCCUUUGGCAUGAUCCGCGGCGGCCACGUCGAUGUGUCCAUCCUCGGCGCGCUGCAGGUCAGCGCCUCGGGUGAUCUGGCAAACUACAUGGUGCCCGGCAAAGUCUUCAAGGGUAUGGGUGGCGCCAUGGACCUCGUCAGCAACCCGGAGGCGACCAAGGUAGUGGUUGCGACGGAGCAUGUUGCCAAGGACGGAAGCAGCAAGAUCGUCCAGGAGUGCAAACUGCCCCUGACUGGUGCGAAGUGUGUGAGCACCAUCAUCACAGACCUUUGUGUGUUUGAGGUCGACAGGGUGAAUGGGGGAUUGACGCUCACCGAAGUUGCGCCUGGCGUUACUGUCGAGCAGAUCAGGGAGAAGACUGAUGCGGAAUUCAAGGUUGCGGAUGACCUUAAGAGUAUGGAAGACGGGGCUCAGAUUGAGGGUGCUUGA